UCGCCAUUCCUAACUCUAACCAAAAUUUACCCAAAAAUUAAUUUUAACCUAAUUGAACAUUCCAAAAAUUCAGGAGAUUUUCAGCCGACAGGAUUCUGCAUGCUGGAUAAUGGAAAUAUGUUGCAUUCGAUGACAUGUGAUCAUGUCUCACCCGCUACGUCCAAAGUUGACUGCCAAAGCAUCUCUCCAUUCUCAAGGUCCCUAUAUAAGAGGAAGAAUCAGUGAAAUGCAAGAAGUAGCAGGUGGGAGCCAAAGCUUCUUUCUUUACUUCUUUCCCUCUUUCUUCCGGCAUUUUUUGCCUUCUGCGUAUCUCCUCUCUUCAAUAGCAAGAAGAAAAGAAGAAAGCAGAUCGACGGAGAUUUGACCAAGAUGGCUGAGGAGCAGACAGUUGUAAUCCCAAGAGUCAAACUGGGUUCCGAAGGAUUAGAGGUCUCAAAGUUAGGCUUUGGAUGUAUGGGACUUAGUGGUAUGUACAAUGCCCCCGUCUCUGAAGAGGGUGGCAUUUCAAUCAUCAAGGAAGCAUUCAAUAGAGGAAUUACAUUUUUUGACACAGCUGACGUUUAUGGACCUCAUACUAAUGAAAUCUUGGUUGGGAAGGCAUUAAAACAACUUCCUAGAGACCAGAUCCAGUUGGCUACAAAAUUUGGUAUUGUUGUCAAGAACUCUGAUUUUAAAGGUGCUUCAAUUAAUGGCAAGCCUGAGUAUGUUCGUGCAUGCUGUGAGGCUAGCCUAAAACGUCUUGAUGUGGAAUAUGUAGAUCUCUACUAUCAACAUCGUAUCGACACUUCAGUUCCAAUAGAGGAAACUAUAGGAGAGCUUAAGAAAUUGGUGGAAGAAGGAAAAAUUAAAUACAUUGGAUUAUCUGAAGCAAGUCCUGACACAAUAAGGAGGGCAAAUGCAAUUCAUCCAAUAACUGCAGUGCAAAUGGAAUGGUCACUUUGGACUCGUGACAUUGAACCAGAAAUAAUCCCACUUUGCAGGGAACUUGGAAUUGCAGUAGUUCCUUAUAGCCCUCUUGGUCGUGGUUUUUUUGGUGGCAAAGCAGUCGUGGAAAAUUUGCCUUCAGAGACAAAUCUUAAAUCACAUCCAAGAUUCAUAGGAGAAAAUUUGGAAAAGAAUAAGGUGUUCUAUACUCGAAUAGAAAAUCUGGCCAAAAGACGUGGAUGUAGUCCUGCUCAGCUUGCUCUUGCCUGGGUUCUCAGUCAAGGGGAUGACGUGGUUCCCAUCCCUGGGACAACUAAGAUCAGAAAUUUGGUUGACAAUAUUGGAGCAUUGAGAAUCAAGCUAACAAAGAAUGAGUUGAAGGAGAUCUGUGACGCAGUCCCUAUAAAUGAAGUAGCUGGGGUUAGAUCUCACAAUUUCCAGCGUACCUUUAAGUUUGCUGAUACACCACUGCCUAAAAAUGCCCAAGCUGCAACCUGAUAAUUCUUGUGGAAGGAAGAGGGUGCAAGCACACUGUAUUCAAGAAAAUUUUCCUCUGGAACUGAUUGUGGAGGUGAAAAUGUAACAAACAAUAAUAGCUACAUUGUAAUUUAUCAAUUUCAGCCAUGCUGUAUUCCUUAAAAAAUACAUUUUCAUAUUCUUGUUCUGCUUGGCUAAUAGAAUAGUUCCUCAUGUUUCCUGAGGAUUCCUUUAUGAA